GUUGGUUUCUUUUUGAAGAGCUUCAAGUAAGCAUUGGAAAAUUGGUUGAAUAUCAGUUCAUCUAAACAGUUUCCUGGUAUGGAAGAUAACAACUGCAUCAAGAAAAUGAAACUAGAUGUGGAGGUGGAAGAGUUCAAUAAACUUUUUGAAGAGCUAAAUGAAGAGAAUACUAUACAAUGGGGUGAGAAAGUCCCUGAAGUGAUGGAUGCAAUGCUUUACUUCAAAGAGGUUGCUGCUUAUAAUGUCCCAUUUGGCAAGAAGAAUCGUGGUAUGACAGUCAUCAACUCGUACUGUCACAUGAUAGGGUCCGCCAAAGUCACAGAGGAGAAUAAACGUAGAGCACGGAUACUUGGCUGGUGCAUAGAAUGGCUUCAGGCAUUUUUUCUUGUGGCAGAUGACAUCAUGGACAAAUCUGAACUUCGGCGUGGAAAGCCAUGUUGGUACAAAAAGGAAAGCGUUGGCAUGAAUGCAGUAAAUGAUGCCUUUCAGCUUGAGAUGUGCGUAUAUGACAUGCUGAAACGUCACUUCAGAGACCAGCCAUACUAUGUUGACCUUCUGGAACUUUUCCACGAGGUAUCCGGACAGACCAUAAUUGGACAGAAUUUGGACAUGUUGGCAUCUCCUAUUGAAGGAAAGGUUGACUUCUCUACAUUCACCAUGGAGAAAUACAGUGCAAUUGUCAAAUGGAAAACAGCCUUUUAUUCAUUCUAUUUACCAGUGGCAUGUGCAAUGUACCAGGCUGGCUUGAACGAUGAAGUCUCACAUCAAAAUGCGAAAACUAUACUUUUAAAGAUGGGGCACUUCUUCCAAAUUCAGGAUGAUUACCUGGAUUGCUAUGGUGACCCAAAAGUUAUAGGUAAAGUGGGGCGAGACAUAGAGGAAAACAAGUGUAGCUGGCUUAUCGUCCAAGCCUUACAGAGAGCUUCCCCUGAACAGUUACAGAUACUGAAUGAGAACUAUGCUAAAGAUGACCCUGCCAAUGUUGCAAAAGUGAAGACAGUAUAUAAUGAACUGAAUCUAAAGCAGGUUUAUGCAGACUUUGAAGAAGAGAGCUAUUCAGAGCUGAUCAAAACUAUAGAACAACAAAGUGGAGACCUACCUCAACAAAUGUUCCUAGACUUGGCCGAGAAAAUCUAUAAACGAAAAAAGUGA